AUGUCACGUCUUGAUAACAUGGACGCAUUAGAAAAGCAAUUAGCCGAUCUUCAAAUGUCUAAAGAUUUAAAUAACACAGGAAAGGUAAAAAAGAUACCACCUGCUGUGCCACCAAAAAAGAAGGCACAGCCACAAGUACCACACAGUGCUGUCGUAAGUGCAAUAAGGGAGCCUUCUUAUUCUGCAAUGAUAAUGCCUACUUCAAACUAUAAUAAUAACAGCAACACAUAUAGUAAUACCCUCCCGAGCCAUGGUCAUCCUGUGCACAAAGAUUAUGCAAAUGUAAAUCAAUUGAAUUUGGCAACAUUUAAUCAUGCUUAUAGGAAAAAUUUACCUACACCAUCAAAGAGUUAUAAUGCCACAUAUAGUAAUAUAGCACCAUACAGAAAUAAUGAUAACCUACCUACAUUGCCACAACCACCACCGCCUCCACCACCACCCCUGCCGCCAUCAAUUUCAAUAUCAUCAUCAAAACCAUAUAAUGCCAAUCAAACAAGUGAUGAAUUUUUACCACCACCAUCACCUGUGAGCUCUAACUAUAGUGAAUUGGUACGAGCAACAGCCAAUUUGAAUUAUAAUCAAGAGAGGCAAUCUUAUCCACCAAUAUAUCAAAAUGACUUUCCUGAAUAUGGAGUGUCACAGUCUUCAACAUAUGAGUCACUCUAUGAGCCUAUUAACCCACGCCCGCAUAGCAAUGUGUCAUCUCAAGCUAAUUCUGUUCAUAAUUACCGGAGCAACUUACCUAACCCUAGUAAGUCACCGCUUCAAAAGGAAGAAGAAGUUGAUGCACUUACCAAUCUUCUUGUUAAGUCUAUCUCUGAUAGCCAGGAUUUGGAUGUUUUUGGAAUGUGUAUUAAAUGUAAUGGAAAGGUAGUAGGUGAGAGUUCUGGCUGCACUGCUAUGGGAAAUAUGUACCAUGUGACAUGCUUUUGUUGCCAUUAUUGCAAUGUUAACUUGCAAGGGAAACCUUUCUAUGCUGUGGAAGGUCAGCCAUACUGUGAAGUGGAUUAUUAUGAAACCUUAGAGAAAUGUUCAGUAUGCACUCAACCCAUCCUGGAUAGGAUUUUACGAGCUACUGGUAAACCAUACCACCCUAAUUGUUUUACUUGUGUGGUAUGUGGUAAAAGCCUUGAUGGAAUACCAUUUACGGUAGAUGCUAUGAACCAAAUUCAUUGUAUUGAGGAUUUCCAUAAAAAAUUUGCUCCUCGUUGUUGUGUUUGUGAACUGCCAAUUAUGCCUGAAGAUGGUGAAGAAGAGACUGUUAGAGUUGUGGCAUUGGAUAGAAGCUUCCAUGUCAGAUGUUACAGGUGUGAGGACUGCGGGCUACUACUAUCCUCAGAGUCAGAAGGCCGAGGGUGUUACCCUCUCGAUGACCAUAUCCUAUGUCGUAACUGCAAUGCUCACCGCAUACGUCUCUUAACAAAUGUUAUGACAACAGACCUUUGA